CCCUAUUCCCUCUCCUCUUUCAAGAGUGAUUCCCCCAAACUUGAUCUCUCCUAGAGAUAUAGCAAGGAAAAUCUCGUGGAAAGGGCAGACAUCAAGGAGAAAACUACUAGUUCAAGGAGAAGAUUUUGCUACAAUUGUGGAUCAGCAAAUGGCUUCUGAAAUGUUGAAACAAUUGGAUGUAUAUAUCUUUUCCCUUAUUGCAUUUGCCAUUUGGCAUGAGCACAACCAACUAGUUUUUUAUGGCCAAAUCUUUCCUUUUUUUCAUUCUAUAUGGUGGGCAGUAAAUCUGGUGGAGUCUAUCAAUUAUCAGCCUGAGUUGGUUCCUGAUCCUUCGAGUCGUUCUCCCUCCUUGAUUAUGCUAGCUCCCCAUUGGUCAACCCCUCCACCAGACUCGUUUAAGGUGAACUCUGAUACUGCUUAUUUGGAUGGAAAAGUUAUUGUCGAUGCCAUUGUUUGCGAUUCAUGUGUUGAUGUUAUGCUCAUUAUGGAAAGUCACUUUCCUUUGAUGGGAUCCGUGGAUCUAGCAGAAGCUAUUGCCAUGUUUAUUUGGGUUUCCAAUGCUCUUGAUUCUGGUAUUCCUCUCUUUGGGUUGAAACUGAAUCCAACAUUCUUUGGAACUUUUUGGUUUGGAAUUAUACCUGUGCGAAUGAAAUACAGACUUUCGUUGAGGCUCUUAGAGAUCUCCAUCGUUCUGACACUAUCCUUGGUUUUCCAUAGGUUAAUCACAAGUAUAACUCCCUCACUCAUGGUUUAGCUACCCAUACUCGACAUUUUAGACCCUUCGCUAUGUGGCUUGAAGACCAUCAUUCAUGAGUGGAAUCCGUCAUUCGUUAUGAUUUACUUGUUUCUUAAGUCUAUUUGUACAAAAAAAGUUUCAUCCCUAUGUUUUAAAUUUUUUUUAGAAUAAUUGCAAUUCUUGAGAUCAGAUGUCACAGUAUUAAUUUUUUUUAUCGAAGUAUUAACAUUUCCAUCGAUAUUUUGACAUUUUCAUAAUCAGUCGAAAUCGACAUAAAGGGGUGAGUUGGCAUUUCCAUUAUAUCGUAAAAGAUCAUGAAACAUAAAAAUAAGCAACAAAAUGUCACUAAUAUGGAUAUAAUAUAAAUAAUAAAUAUUUUAACAUGUUUAAAAAGCAUAAAUGUUUUAUUUUCUAAUUGAAAUAUUUUUUACAUUUUUGUUAUAAUUUUGUUAAAAAAUAUCCAUUAAUAUUUUUUAUCAUUAAUUGCAUAUAAUUGAAACCUCGAUAUUUUUGUUGAUGUCGUCAUUGACCAUUUGAAUUUGGGUUCUACUCUAAAGUUAUUUACCAAUGAGAUUACUUGAAGAAUAAUAUUUUGACUGUUAAUAGAGUGAUAUGUAUGUACUCUGUUUUUAUUGUCCAAUCAUAUAGCAUAAUUACAUGGUAGCAACUUUUUGUAUGGAGCAAUACUUGGGUAAAAUCUAAACUGAAUCUAAGUCUCAUGCUUUCCUUACUCUAUACACAUCAAAAAAUAAUUAAAAAAUAAAUAAAUUUUCACAUGUUAAUUUUAAUUGAGAGUAGUAGGAAUUAUACAAAGAUGAGUGUGGCACAUGUAGUAUCCAAAUUUUUUCCUCUUGUAUGUAUGUACAAUGUAGUUAUCGCUGGCAAAUAAUUUUUUAGAUAAUUUUAAUUGAGAGCAAUAGAUACUAUACAUUAGAGAUCUAUAAAUAUGGCCUUAAGGAGCCUUCAUGGAACCCACUUUUAUACUUCUACUCUCUACAACAUAAUCUCUACAGCCAUUAUGUAGAGAAUUCCCUCAAUUUUUAGAGAAUUGUUCCCUAAAAAAUUUUCUUCCCUAUUCCCUCUCCUCUUUCAAGAGCGAUUCCCUCAAUCCGAUCCUUCUAAGAGAUAUAGCAAGGAACAUCUCGUGGAAAGGGAAGACUUCAAGGAGAAAACUACUAGAUCGAGGAGAAGAUCUUGCUACGACUGUGGAUCGCAAAUGUAGGAUUGGACUAUCAACCUUUCUAUACUUGGUGAAGCUUUUUAUGGGUCACGAGCUUGCUAUCAAAUGUGGGCGCUGGAGAAUUGGUGACGGUCGGUCGAUCAAGAUUUACUUUGAUCAAUGGAUGCCUAGAUAAACUCUUUCCAAGCCUUUUUUUUUUUUUGCGUCCCUUUCUAUGUCCUUAAUGGAUAGUUUGAUUUGGGUUGGGAAAUAGAAUCAAACUCUGUUAACAGAGUUAUUCUUUUCACAAGAUGUUGAGAUUAUUCGGGGUAUCCCCUAUACUCCACACCUCGAUCAAAUGGUUUCUUUUGAUAUCAUAAUAAAAAGGGUGUGUAUUCCACGAAAAGUAUGUAUAUUAGCUCAGGCUUCAAUUAUGGAAGUAUUGUCCACCUCUAAAAAUUGAAGUGGAUAACUUUUGGAGAUCGAUGUGUGCCCUCUCAAUCCCUAAAAGACAUAAAAUUUUCAGUGAUGUGCUUGCCUAAAUCCUCUCCCUAUAUAUAAUGUCUUGGCUCGUUGCUCUAUCAUUGCUUGUAGAGAUCCUCCCUUUUUCUACUAUGCUCUUGAGUCGAGUAUCCAUGUUCUUUAGUACUGUAAGGGAAGUAAACACAAAACAUCUGGUCUCUCUAACCUCUUAGUAUUCAUGUUUUUCAAAUGCAUUACACUGAUGCUGCUUCUCUUCUUUGCAGGGCAUCUGAAAUGUUGAAUCAAUUGGAUGGACAAAUCUUUGUCCUCAUUGCGUCUACCAUUUGGCAUCAACAUAACCUUCUGGUUUUUUUUAUUGCCAAAUCUCUCUUUGUUUCAUUCUAUUUGGUGGGUGGUAAACCUAGUGGAGUCUAUCGAUUAUCAGUCUAAGUUGGUUCUUAGUCCUGUGAGUUUUUCUCCCUCCUUCGUUAUGUUGGCUCCCCAUUGGUGAACCCGUCCACCAGAUUCAUUUAAGGUGAACUCUGAUACGGCUUAUUUGGAUGGAAAAGUGGCCGUCGAUGCCAUUGUUUUCUAUUCAUGUGUUAAUGUUAUGCUCAUUAUGGAAAGUCACUUUCCUUUGAUAGGAUCCGUGGAUCUAGCAGAAGCUAUUGCCAUGUUUAUUUGGGUUUCCAACACUUUUGAGUCUGGUAUUUCCCUCUCAAGGUUGAAACUGAAUCCAACAUUCUUUGGAACUUUUUGGUUAGGAAUUAUAUCUUUGUAAAGGAAAUACAAACUUUUGUUGAUGCGAUCUCAGAGAUCUCCAUCGUUCUAGCACUAUCCUUGGUUUUCCAUGGGUUAAUCGCUAGUGUAACUCCAUCGUUCAAGGUUUAGCUAACCAUGCUCGACAUUUUGGACCCUCCGCUGUGUGGCUUCUAGACCAUCUUUCAUGAGUGCAAUCCGCCAUUCAUUAUGAUUUACUUGUUUCUUAAGUCUCUUUGUACUAAAAAAAAGGUUCAUCCCUAUGUUUUAAGAAUUUGUUAGAAUCAUUGUAAUUCUUGAGGCCACGUGUGUUCUAUUCACAUUAUUAAUUUUUUUUAUCAACAUGUUAAUAUUUCCAUCGAUAUUUUCACAUUUUCAUAAUCAGUCGAAAUCGACAUAAAGGGGUGAGUUGGU